UAACAAAUGAGCAAACUUUUGUGUAUGUGACAAAAUGUGAUUAGUUGCUAUUUGGUUUUGUUACGGGCAAGUUCUACGUGUGGAGUCGCAAUAAUUGGAGGCAACAAAACAAAAACUGCACAAUUAACAAAGCAGUGGGUGCGAAAGGGAGAAAAGAACAACAGAAAUAUGCCGUCAUUUAGCGUAUCGUUUGUUUCGCUAUGCUUAAUACUCUCAAGCCUGGCAUUAGCUGCAGCAAUCACAAUUGAUGAGCAAUGCAUGCACUCAAUAGACAGCUGUGAUCGCUGCCUUAACACUCAUCUCGACUGUGCCUGGUGUACAGACAAGGCAUAUGAGGUGCGCUCACGUUGUCUUUCGAGAGCGACUUUGCUGCGCUUCAACUGCAGCGAAGAGAAUAUCUAUGAGAAUCUACCGAAGCAGGAGGUGUUGAUAGAGCGGCCGCUUAAGGACUAUGAGACCACAGACGAGCAGGCCGUGCAGGUGAAGCCGCAGCUUGUGUUUCUCAAAUUGGUCAAAGGCAACACGCAACGCCUUAAGCUGAGUUACCGGGCGGCACGCAACAACCCACUCGACUUGUACGUGCUGAUGGACCUCACUUGGACAAUGCGCGAUGACAAGGAUACGCUGGAGAAGUUGGGCGCGGAGCUGACACAAACGUUGCACAAUCUAACCGACAAUUAUCGCCUCGGCUUCGGCUCCUUCGCCGACAAACCUGCCAUGCCCAUGAUAAUGUCCCAGCAUCGAGACAAUCCCUGUGCCGCCGAACGCGAGAUAUGCGAACCAACUUAUGGCUAUCGCCAUCAACUGCAGCUCACCGAGGAUGUCAAGGCAUUCACAGCGGCUGUGGCAGGCAGCAAGAUCACGGGGAAUCUGGACAAUUUGGAGGGUGGCCUCGAUGCUCUGAUGCAGGUGAUUGUCUGUCCUGAAGAGAUUGGCUGGAAGCAGCAGGCGCGUAAAGUCGUCAUCCUCGUCACCGAUGGCUUCAUGCACUUCGCAGGCGAUGGCAUCUUGGCGGGCAUUUCACAGCGGAACGAUCGUCAGUGCCAUUUGAAUGCAGCGGGCGAGUAUACGGGCUCUUUGAUCUAUGAUUAUCCCUCGCUGGAGGAGAUCUAUCGGGAACUUUUGCGACGGAAGAUUAAUGUCAUAUUUGCGGUCACCGAACACGUCUUUGGCACCUACAAGGAACUCAGCGGACUCAUGAAGGAGAUCAGCAAUGUGGAGAUCUUGAGUGCGGAUUCAUCCAAUAUUUUGCAACUGAUCGAAAAGAGUUACGCGAGCUUCGUGAAACGCACUCAGUUUGGAGACAAUAGUCCCGAUUUUAUAGAGAUGAAGUAUUUCACAGACUGUGCUGGACAAUUUCCAUCGUUGCGUGAACGCAGCUACUGCAACAAUGUGAAAAUGGGCAAGGAAAUCGAGUUCUAUGUGAACAUUACGCUCAAGGAUUAUCCGCCUGAUGGAAAGUUGAAUCACAAAAUACGCGUGGAGGAGGCAUCGUUGAGCGAGUAUAUCGACAUCAAUGUGGAGUUGCAGCGACCGUGUCCCUGUGAGGAGGAACCUCAACCGGAUGAUGAAUACGGAAGGUUUCAGUGCGAUGACAAUGGCUACUUGAAUUGCGGCAUGUGCUUCUGCGACGAGGGCUGGACGGGAACGUUCUGCAACUGUCCGACGGAUCCGACAAAUGCGACGACCAAUGAGGCGCUGCUCAAGACCUGUCGUAUUCCCCUCGACAAGCUGGGAAAAACGCUGUCCGAGCAGGUGUGCUCCAAUCAUGGCGAAUGCGAAUGCGGCACCUGUAGCUGUGAUCCUGGAUACACGGGCAGCUUUUGUGAGUGCCUGGAGUGUCAGGAUUGCGAUCCGGAGCGUGCCGAAUGCUAUUGCGGUCAGUGUGUGUGCAAAGAUGGCUGGAAUGGGACUCGCUGCAAUUGCAAUGUGUCGACGGACGAGUGUAAAGGACCCACGGGAGAAAUCUGCUCGGGACGCGGCAGCUGCGAAUGUGGCGCCUGUGAUUGCCAAGAGCCUUACUUGGGCGUCUUCUGUGAGAUCGAUGCGGAGAAAGACAACAAAUUGUGUCUGUUCUACGAGCCGUGUGUGACGUGUCUCAUCGAAAAGAAACAAGGCAUGGAUGGCUGCAAGAAUGAGACCGAAGUGUGCUCCAGUGCCGAGUCCCCCGAGGGUUUCACCUAUGUCUUUGUCCCGGAACUCGAGACGGAUGAAAAGUGUUUGGUUCGCAUUGUCAACAAACAUGGCAUCCAAUGCGAUAGUUAUUUUGUGUAUCGUGUCGUGGAGCAUGUCAAUUAUUUGGCCAUUCAAGCUGUCAAUUGUGAGCCAACGAAUUAUUAUGCUGUCUUUGGUUUCAUUUCGCUGAUCACUCUGAUCCUCGGUCUAACGAUCAUUUGGCUCUUCUGGUGGUGUGUCCGCGCUAAAGAUGCUCGGGAAUACGCGAGAUUCCUCGACGAACAGCGGAAUAGUGUUCGACACGAAAAUCCCAUCUACAGAGAUCCCAUCGGACGCUAUCAAGUGCCCAAGGCAUUGAGCUUAAAGCACGACGAGAAUCCUUUUGCCAGCUGAGAGCAUAAAAAUAAGUUGGCUGUAUUAACUAGUCUUAGUCUUAGUCACUAAAGAAGAUGAACAUGAAACAAAGAUUUAGCUUAGACUGUUUUGUAAAUGUAUCUAAAGUUCGAUAAGCUUACAUUUCUACACUUUUUAUAGUUUUAAAUGUGCCCUUUAAUGAAAGAUAG